CGAUCCAGGAAAAGAUGGUUCUCAAAGUUAUAGCUACGGCGGUAUAGCAUAGCAGCGUUCAGCAACAUUCACUAUUACACUGCGUUAGAAUUUCCUCCAUACGAGGCAUCACCGCCCCGUAUUGCCGUACUAUGUGAUACAGAGCGUGUUGAGUCGAAUGCCAUACAUGUCUCUAUCUUUAUCUCUUCCCUCUUCACAUGCAAUACAAACGUAGUUCUCGCGGUUCCCUUUAUCAGUGCAAUUCCUGUGACGUGUUCAGCAACAGAAAUCUCAAUCUCAGUCGCGAGAAUCUAUGCCAGCCAUCGUAUAUCGCGUCUGGAGAGAUCCUUACGCGAAUGCGCGGAUUCUUCCACUUAUAUACGUAUUCAUUUACGGCUUCUUAUACAUGCCUAUAUAUACGUAUUCUUUUGUGUCUCCCCAGGAAUUAUGAAGCUCUGUUCACCAUGGAGCGUAGCCAUGGAUACCAACUUUUGCAUUCUUCAGAGCCAACCUUUCACACGGCAUGCACCAUGUUCUUGCGCCACGUGUAGAUGGCCCGAUUGCCUGUAGUACAGACACACCAGGUCUG